GGCAUAUCUUCAAUCUACAACUCCCCCUCAUCAACAAGAUACUUCACGCCACACACCCUUCAAAGGCGUUCAAUCUUAAGAAAUUCACACAGAAUCGCUGUCGCGUAUGGCUAUAUAGCAAUUUGAUACCAUUCACCUUGACAUUGACGGUAGUAAAAAACGCGUUCUCUUCCCUUCGUCUGUUUACGCGUAGCAUUCAAUUUUGAUUUCGAGAUGGCGCCCGAACAAUCCGCAUCACCGCCAGGAAGGCGGAGAACAGGUGCAAAUAGGGAGAAUCAAUAUUUGUUCAACUUAGGAGUCAAGGGAAGGAAAACUGGUGUUGAACUACCGGAUACUGGAAUUCGCGAUGCAAAUGGCUUGGAGCCAAUGGACGAUUUAUUCUCUCCCGAUAAACCCGAAAGUGUUAAGACAGGCAGAAGCGCAAAUGGACCGCGGAGAAACGCGCUGGAAGACGCGACAAUAUCUAGUGAGGAGGAUAUGGAUAUGGAUGGAGAAAAUACAGCCCCAGAACCUACUGAAGUCUUGAAUCAACGAAGACAAGAUGCGCGAAUGGCUCUGCCUAUACCUAGAUCUAGGUCGCCUUUAAAAACACACCUACAGUCGCCAGCCCGCAGGCAUCCAUCAUUCGGCAUAUCUUCCCCCGCCAAAGAAGCAUCUAGUGAAGCCGAUAAUACGGGCCCUGUCCGACGAAAGUUGGAUUUCUCAGCCGAAGACGUGGCAGUCGAAACGAAACAGGCAACGAGUGCUCCAAAUGGACGAGGAAAACCAGGACGCCCAGCACUAGGCAGUCUUACGAAUGGCACUAGACUUUCACCUGGCAGACGUCCUCCGCAAACGUUGAACCAGAGUAGCGAUGGUAUGGAGAAUCAAGAUGAGAGUGCAUUAGAGUUCGAGGAUGAUUCAAAUCAAUACAACGCUCCGGAUGACGAUGAUGAUGAUGCUGCUGUCGAUGCGCUCGAGGGAAACUCAGACUUGGUAGAAGAGUAUGAGGAACAAGAAGAGGAAGAGGAGAUCGAACAGGAGGACGAGCCAGAACCGCAACCUUCCCCGCCCAGAAAGGUGGCAAGUAAGAAUAAAGGGAAAGGUAAAGUAAUUGAGGAGCCAGAGCCAGAGGAAGUACCGGAACCAGAGCAGCCCGCGCCAAAGCGUAGAGGCAGGAAACCGAAGAAUACAGCUCGAAUCGAACCUGUGGAGGAAGAAAGAGAGGAAAUUAAAGAAAGACCUACAAAAAAAGCACGACGAUCCGCAGAAGCUGUCGAAGCACCCGAAGCAACAAAGAAAAAACCUGGAAGACCUGGAAGACCGAGCAAUGCCACAAAAUCUACCACUGUACCUAAAGCAGCGGCGAAACCAAAAGGUCGACCAAAGAUGGCCCCAAUACUUGAGGCGGGCUCGCCUCUAGUUCACCGUGGUCCCCCUAUUCCUAGAAAAAAUGGCCUCUAUAUUCUUCGACGCGAGACGACACUGGGUGGCACUGGUAUGCUGCGAACAAGAUCUGGCCGAAACUCAAUGAAGCCUCUUGCGUUCUGGAAGGGUGAACACGUCGAAUAUGACGAUGGCGGGGCGGUGCCAGAUGGAACUCACGGUGCAAAGAUUCUAUUGCCUAGCAUCAAGGAGGUUGUCCGUGUAGAUGAAGUAGAGCAAGAAAAGCGCUCGAGAUCGAAAUAUCAAAAAUCCAGCAAAAGCAAAUCGAAGAAAAGGGCGCGAGAGGAAUUGGAAGAAGAUUCGGAAACAGAGGAAUGGGAAUCCCAACCUGGUCGGGUUGAGGGUUCAGUACGAAUAUGGGACCCGGAAGAUCAAGUUGGAGAAAAUGCUGCAGAGAAAGUGGAAGAGGUCGCUUUUUCGUCAGCUGCAAUUAAGACUCGUGAUAUUCCAAAUGCUUCGUUCAAAUUUGCUAAAACUCUCACGUUGCCCUUUUUCGGCUCAGGUAUGGUCGACCUCGAACCUGGCGCUGUCAAGAAACCGAAAAAUUCGAGAAAAAUGCAGAUGGUGUUUUUCGUAUUCUAUGGCAGAGUUGAAGUUUCGGUCAACGAAACCACUUUCAGAAUUGGCAAAGGUGGAAUGUGGCAAGUUCCUCGAGGAAACUUUUAUAGCAUCACAAACGAUUAUGACAAGCCAGCGAGAAUAUUUUUCGCUCAAGGCUGUGAACUUGGAGAUUCGGAAGGCGGCGCAGCUCCACCUGCAAGUCAAUAAUGUACAAAUAAUGUAAUUGGUGUUCACUUGUUUUCCCUCUCGUAUUUUUACAACUUGUGCUUUCCUGUUGGUGGUACGAUAAGGUGGAAAAAUGGGCUCAUGUUCUCACGCUUGGCUGGGGAGUUAACUGUUGAAGGGUUUUUGAUGAUACCAUGCUUCUUAUUCAUCGAUAGCAUUUUCAUAUGGAUAUCAAGUGUGCACGUUGAUAUGUUCAUCCUUUGGAGUAUCUAUGUAACGAAUGAAGGGAUUUUAUCCAAUUUAGAAACGUCUCACAUAAUAACUA